CUGACCCAUCUUCGGGCCUUCAGAACUCCUCCACCAUCCGGUGGACAACCCUUCUUCCACCUCACGCACAUCCCGCCUAGGCAGAAGCAGUCAAAGAAUAUCCCACCCAGGGACCCCCUUUUUUUUCUGGGAUCUGGCGCUUCCGCCUCCGGGGCGGAGACUCCUCCCCCUCGCCGUCCCAAUUGUAUUCCCUGGAAGAGCAGCCGGAAAAGCCUCCGUUGGCCCAGACCGGACAAGCGGGAGGCUGGUUCCUUCUAGCAGCGGCUCCUUGUACUUCAGGAACCGGCGCGCGGCGGGCACAACAGCGCUAGAGAUCACCAGCACCACUUGGGCCCAACUGCGGGCGGUGCUGACGCCGCGUCAGCACCACGGACAGCGCCCCGCCCGCGGCCCUGCCGCCGGCGGCGCGCUCCAGCGGGUGUAGGCGAGGCAGCAAGAUAUGCCCGCGGCAUGGCCUGGCGCUCCAGCCCCAUGGCGCUGCUCUUUAGCUUUGGCCUCCUCGGGCUGUGCUCAGGGGUGUGGGGUACAGACACAGAGGAGCGGCUGGUGGAGCAUCUCCUGGAUCCUUCCCGCUACAACAAGCUUAUCCGCCCAGCCACCAAUGGCUCUGAACUGGUGACAGUACAGCUCAUGGUAUCACUGGCCCAGCUCAUCAGUGUGCAUGAGCGGGAGCAGAUCAUGACCACCAAUGUCUGGUUGACCCAGGAGUGGGAAGAUUAUCGCCUCACCUGGAAGCCUGAGGAGUUUGACAAUAUGAAGAAAGUUCGACUGCCUUCCAAACACAUCUGGCUCCCAGAUGUGGUCCUGUACAACAAUGCGGAUGGCAUGUAUGAGGUGUCCUUCUAUUCCAACGCGGUGGUCUCCUAUGAUGGUAGCAUUUUCUGGCUGCCACCUGCCAUCUACAAGAGCGCAUGCAAGAUUGAAGUAAAGCACUUCCCAUUUGACCAGCAGAACUGCACCAUGAAGUUCCGCUCCUGGACAUAUGACCGCACUGAGAUCGACCUGGUGCUCAAGAGUGAUGUGGCCAGUCUGGAUGACUUCACACCCAGUGGUGAGUGGGACAUUGUGGCUCUACCGGGCCGGCGCAAUGAGAACCCUGAUGACUCCACUUACGUGGACAUCACAUAUGAUUUCAUUAUUCGCCGCAAACCGCUCUUCUACACCAUCAAUCUCAUCAUCCCCUGUGUGCUCAUCACCUCGCUGGCCAUUCUUGUCUUCUACCUGCCAUCGGAUUGUGGGGAGAAGAUGACACUGUGCAUCUCUGUGCUGCUGGCACUCACCGUCUUCCUGCUGCUCAUCUCCAAGAUUGUGCCUCCCACCUCCCUCGACGUGCCACUUGUGGGCAAGUACCUAAUGUUCACCAUGGUGCUUGUCACCUUCUCCAUCGUGACCAGUGUGUGUGUGCUCAACGUGCACCACCGCUCCCCGACCACGCACACCAUGGCACCCUGGGUCAAAGUCGUCUUCCUGGAGAAGCUGCCCACUUUGCUCUUCAUGCAGCAGCCACGCCACCACUGCGCCCGCCAGCGCCUCCGCAUGCGUCGCCGUCAGCGAGAGCGUGAGGGCGCCGGGGCCCUCUUCUUCCGCGAAGCCCCGGGAGCCGACUCUUGCACCUGCUUUGUCAACCGCGCAUCAGUGCAGGGGUUGGCAGGGGCUUUUGGGUCUGAGCCUGCACCGAUGACCGGCCCGGGCCGUUCUGCUGGACCCUGUGGCUGUGGCCUCCAGGAAGCUGUGGACGGCGUUCGCUUCAUUGCGGACCAUAUGCGAAGUGAGGACGACGACCAGAGCGUGAGUGAGGACUGGAAGUACGUUGCCAUGGUGAUCGACCGCCUGUUUCUCUGGAUCUUCGUCUUUGUCUGUGUAUUUGGCACCAUUGGCAUGUUCCUGCAGCCUCUCUUCCAGAACUACACCACCACCACCCUGCUCCACGCAGACCACUCGGCUCCCAGCUCCAAGUGAGACCUGCUCAUCUCCCCGCUCCUUCAGCCCUUGACCCCCUGGUGUACCAUAGCAUUGGUUGGAGGAUGGAUGAGUGAGCUACCAGGAAGAGGGGUGCUGUCCCCACAGAUCCAUCCUCUUACUUCACGUGGAUGCUCCCUGACACCUCCAUCUCCACAUCUGGCCUGAAGAAUUGGACCAGCUACAUUUCAUUUGGGCUCUUCUCCUCUCACACAACCCCUGAUAAUAAUAUCAGUGCAGAGGACCAGGUUAAAUGGAGGAGAUAUGUCAGAGCCCUCCACCCUGAGGAGGGGCGCAGGGAAGGGCCAAUAGGGGACAGAAUUACCCACUGACCCCGAGUCCUGGGGGAAUGGCAGUAUGGGAGGAGGGGCAGAGGAGCAGGAGCUCAGAAGAGAGGAGCAGAGCAGAAAAGCUUGGUGUGACCUGAUGUCCACUCCUAUGUCAGUGGACAGCAGCCUGGCUGGAUAGGCCUCACAGCAUCUGAGGUUCCUGCACAGAGGGCUUAGCCUAGGGGAGGCUUCCAGCUCAGUCCCACAGCCCUAUGCCUCUAAGGGGUCCGGAGCCCAUCCCCAGAUUUCCCUCUGCCCAGCGAAGAAUUCUCUGUACCUCCUGGACUUCCCUUUCCUUCCUUUCUUGCUCAGACUUGGGGUGUGAUGGGCAAAGCUAGGUAUUAGGGGAACCUCUGGGUUCUGAAUCUUUGAGGGUUUGAACUGCGUGAUAAAUGCAAAUUCAUAGCCUUUAGGAGCUGGAAGAACCUUUUACAGUCAUGGAUUUCAACAGAAGCCAUGUUAUAGAUGAAGAAACUGAACCAGAAGGUGAGAUAAGCUUGGGGAAGAUCUGACCCUUCCUUCCCAUCCUGAGGUCCAUCUGGCCAUGGAAUGCCCUGUUUCCCCCAACUUUGAACUGCUUGAAGAAAAUGACCUAAGGACCUUAGCUUUAAGCACACCCAGAACUGAGCUGGGCAGGAGAGCUGCCUAUGGAAGCCACCUGAGCAGGGUGGGGCAAAUUGUCAGGACUUGGACACUCUGCACUAUACCUGCUGUGACUCCUUCCCUUCCUCCUCUUCAUAAGCCUGAAUAGGUUGAAACAGAAGUUCAGAAGGACAGGUGUGUUGCUGCCAUCGACCCCCCAUGAAACAUAACUUCUGCCCAUCCUGUGGGUCCCUGCAGGCUGCAUUCUGAUGCUGUUCCAGGGUCCUCCUGCUGGAGGCCACCUGACCUGUUAGCCCAGGAAGCAGAAUUAUUAAGGGAUCUCCUGUCCCUGACCCCACCAUGUGACUGCCUUUGAUUUGUGGUCCCAGCCUGUGUUUGGUGCUGGGCUCACAGAUGGCAGGACGUAGAGAGGUCAGUCUGCCCUUGUACCCGAGAGAUCUGGCCUGACCUAGGCCAUUCUGUGCUCUGAGCCCUGUGGGGACUGCUAUUUCUCCAGGCACAGUGGAGAUGAGAGGUUGUGCUGACUCAUGGGUGGGAGCGGAUACUGCGCUACCAAGAGUGCUGGACAGGGACUCCUGAAGCGGAGUCCUCGGCUCAGUUCUGGUACUUACUCAUUGAGCCAUCUCCAGCAAGUCCCUUUGCCUUUCUAGGCUCCUGCCUCCUUUUCUGUAAGACAGGAAGAGAAAUGCCCUCUUGCCUGGGGUUGCCGUGAGGAUGAAGGAUGCCUGUGGAAGAGCCCCUACCUGGCUCAGCGUGCAUGCUUCAUAAAUGUUGCAUCAGAGAGGCCCCUUGAGCCUGUGGGAUGGGGCCACCCUCCCAGCGUCCCUCCCAGACCCAUGCUUACCCUUUCUCAUCCUUGAGCAAACCGAGUCUCCCUACAUGGGGCUUGGAUCAGAGGUGCUGGCAGGGGAGGGGAUGCUGAUGGAGAGCAACAUUACAGGGAAUCGUUGAGUGAGUCUGAUGGGUGAGGGCUUCCCUCUGGAGCAUCCUCAGCCAAGCUUCAUUCCAUCCCCGGGCAGAUCUCUUGUCCUGGCCCUGCCUCCCUUUAAAGGCCAGCUCCUCCAGAUGCAGGCAUAUGCUCAGGAACAGCUGACCAAGUCCCAAAUAUGGAAGAACGUCACUGGGACCUGACAUCAGCGGCUGCCUCAGCUAUGCCUCAGCACUUUUCCCCACCUCUCAGAAUGUGUUCGUGGACAUCUCUUGUUCUUGUUGAGGCAGGGAGUGUCCCUGCCUCAUGAAAACUCCCCUCUUCUAAAACAGAAAACAGGAAGAGUUGCCUGUAUUAUGCCCAGACCCACUCCAAACUCAUAACCCUGGGGAAAACAUCCUGGAAUCUAAAAUAGCAAUUGGAAAGGAACACUCCCUCUGAAGAGCAGUGUGCCAGCUUGAGGGAGGCCUGCCAGCUGCUACUGGGGUUGUACUUACUUAUCUAAUGGUGCUGGGGAUCAAACCCAGGGCCUCACACUUUCUAGGCAAGCGCUCUAUCACUGAAAUACAUCCCCAGUCCUGUACUUUCACUACUUCUCCCAAGUCACUGUUGUCCAAGUUAGUGACCAAACUGCACCAGAGGGGAUGUUAGUGAGCAGUCUGUCUGGCUCCUCUCCAUGUCCCAUUUAACACAUUGGGAAACUGAGGCCCAGAGGUCAUUUACUAACUGAUCUCAUAUAGGCCCUUAUCUCUGAACGUGCUGUUCUGCAUGUGUACAGGGGGAAUGACGGGGGCAGGGGCGGCAGAAAAGAAGAAGGAGGUCAAUGGAUGGGAGUUUCUCCAUUUUGGGUGCAGCCCGCUUUGGGGACCAUUGCAGUAGGGAGGAGGGGAGGGCAGAGGUGGUGGAAGGAGUGUCCCUCUGUAUCGGCAAGGAACUGUCCCGUGAUAGUACAGGUGAAUCCUUGAGGACAUUGGGAAGUUUGGGGAACCACAGUCCCUCUUCUUUGGGUCUUACAUCCUCUUCCCCCGGUGAUGUCAGGGAGGCCCCUUGCCUCCUUUCCAUGGUGGGGCUGCCUCAGGGGAGAAUUGGGUAUGAGACUCAGAGCUGGGCAAGGAUGGAGGAGGCCCUGGAACUGAAGAGGGGGGCAGAAAAACUGGAUGGGAACCUGGAACAAGGACUUGGGGGGAGGAAGUGAGGAAAGGAGUUGGGAUUUCUCAUCAGAGAUGACAUAGUCACAGUGACUUGAUAGCCAUCUUUGUCUGAAAAGAAGGUGUGCACAGACUUUCUUCUUCUGAUAGUUGGAACCGCCUGGCAGGAAGGCAGCUCCCUGGCAGUGAGGGAUGCCAUCCUGGAACACUGGGACCAGGUUAUUGAAAUUUAAAGCAAACAAGACAUAGGCAUCUCCCCAGAUGGCAUGUUCUUCAAGGAAGAGCUAUCUGUGGAGGAAGGGCAGGACCACUUCCCUCUAAGGAAAUAGGAUGGUCUGGGGGCUUAGACCUCUCUCUGUAACCUCUCCAAAUUCCAGUAUUAGCUACCAUUUACUAAGGGUCUUCUCUGUGCCAGUCCCUUUGGAUUCACUGUCUUUAUUCCUCAAAACAGUCCUGUAGGGAGGGGCCCAUUUGACAGAAGAGCCCAAGUGCUGGCCCCCAAACCCAAGACUGCCCCAAAGUCCAGGCACAUGCUAUGGCCCUUGGGGCAGGUAGAAGGGGAAGGGGGUGCAUUCAGGGCCUCCUCUGAAUCUCUCCCGAAGCCAGAGUGACUUGGUUCCAGUUGUCACCCUCUGCUUCUAGACAGCAGUGGAUUGGUAGCAUUCCUCACAACCCAAAUAGCACUGGCCAGCCUCCCGUCUACUCACCCUGACCAGACAGAACAGUCACCUUUUAAUAGUUAUCCCAACAGGCCUAAAAGGUGAGUGCGAUAGUCACAUUGUUGCUAAGGGACUUUAGCUCUAGGAAUCUGUAGGACACCUCACUAGCACGCCCUCAGUGCCCCUCCCCCACACUGCCCUUGACCUCCCUGUGUGUACUCCUGGAGUAUUUGCACUGGUCUAGCCCACCCCGGGGCCAGACUCAUUAGGAGCUCAAGAUUCUCAUAAAGA